UGCGGUGUGUUUCUUUAGUGUGUUAAAGAAGACGUAAUGUUUCACUUGGGGAAAAUUCAUCAGCAGGCGCGUGGAGCAAUUCGGACACAGACUUCUUGCAAAGUGGAAAAAAUGUGGAACCUCUUCUCAGCUGAUGCACCACUGGGAGGCUGAGAGACAAUCGAUCUACGAAAUGACGUGGAACCGCUCCUCGCCAGACCUGAUGAUAACGGACAUCUUCGGAGACACGCUGCCCAAUGCCACCUCCUCAGUGGGUGUCAAUGUCAUCAACGCCUCCAUCGGCUCCAUAGGAGCUCUCGGCAACCUUCUCGUGAUUGCCGUACUUCUGGGCAACUGGAGUUCCUUCCAGUCCCUGACCCACAUGUUCAUCUUACACCAGUCCUUCAUUGACCUCACCAGCUCGCUCCUCUUCAUGGCGUUGCGAUUGGACCACGGGCAGGGACUGCUGGUGAUGGAAGGCGCUGUAGGGCAAAUUGUCUGUAAACUCUGGCACUCGGAGUAUUUACUCUGGGCCUUGUUCAUGACGUCAACCUUAAACCUCACCUUACUGACAACCGAACGUUUCUUCGCCGUGGUGCAUCCGGUUUUCCACCUGAACAGGUUUACGCGUUUUAGGAUGAAAGUCGCCAUGUUGGGCGUGUGGCUGGUUAGUUUCGGUUACCAAUGCUACCUCGCUUUCAUCCAUGAACUCUCACCCACGGGGAGCUGUGUUCUCGUGUGGAAACACGGGAUCACGCAGGUCUUUGUUGGGAUCAUGACCUUUAUUGUAGAGUACCUGAUACCGCUUACAAUCAUGCUGGUUGAGUACAUCUUCAUCGCAUUCAAGUUAAACAGCCUGAAGCGGCCACCAACUAUUACAACGAUCCAUAUCGCGGCGCCGCCAGCCUCUUCAACUUUGCGAAAACCCACCCCACCAAUCAACGUAACAAACAGGCUUUUGAGUCCCGAAACCGCAGUUUCUGAUAACACCAGCAAUUGCUACACGGCAUUAGGAGCGGUGUCGCAAUCGCAGCUGAGCAACGACCAGAGACAGUCUCCCCGCACACAGUCGAAACCUCGACUCAAACAGAAAGAAUGCAAAUUUUUCCGUGCUUUUCGGAAUGUCAUCAAAACGCUCUGUACAGUUUUCAUAACGUUCGUCAUUUGUUGGACACCCUCCGAAUUCACGUACCUCUACUACAAUGUGGGCGGGCAGCUGAACUUCGAUGGGACCCUACAUCGCCUCUCUGUCGUGUUGGUACUUUGCAACAUGUGCGCCAACCCGUUCAUCUACGCGUUGCAGUACAAGGAGUUUCAAUAUAAUUUCAAGAAAAUGUUCUGCUCAUCCAUAUUCAUGAGGAAGAAGUAUCGAGUGACGACCAGAGUCCCACUCGAAACGAUAAAAACUGCUGCUCAGAGAGAGAGGUCUAACGCACAUAAUUGAAGCAGAGAAUGUGCAAACCAAAUACACUUCAUAACUCGUGGUUUGUAAUCUUCUUGUCGUAUUAUUACAAAGAAUAAUAAUAUAACAAUAUUGAGUACUCUUGUACGACCAAAGAGCCAAGAGUCCAUUGACCAAUAAAUUCAGCAAGUUAAAAUUAACAAAUCUUCACUGAGCAAGUCCCAGACCUCAGGUUGCAGUUAUAAUUUGUCUGCUAUAUAGUGUCUUUGUACAUGAAAUAAACAGACCAAUAAAUACAGCAAGUCAAAACUAACAGUCUUCACUGAGGAAGUCCCAGACCUCAGGUUGCAGUUAUAAUUUGUCUGCUAGUGUCUUUGUACAUGAAAUAAACAGACCAAUAAAUACAGCAAGUUAAAAUUAACAAAUCUUCACUGAGCAUGUCUCAGACCUCAGGUUGCAGUUAUAAUUUGUAUGCUAUAGUGUCUUUGUACAUGAAAUAAACAGACCAAUAAAUACA